GUUUGUUCCCUCACCCCGCCUCUCGUCUCUCCCUCUCCCUUCCUCUCCCUUCCGCCACCCGGCUCGCCGCCGCCGCCGCCGCCGCCGCCGGCCUCGCGCCUUCAAGCCUCGAGGUUCGACCACCGCACCCGCACGCCUCUCCUCUCCGCAACAACCCACGCCGCCGCUCGCUCUCCGCCGCACGCCGCACGCCCUCGGCGGCUAAGUUCGUUGGCAACCACUCGCGCCUCUGAACAAUGUCAGAUCAAGUGGAAGUUGGAAGCAUAAUGGAAGAGCAUGGAGAGAAGAAAGGGAAGUCAAAGAGACGUGACAAGAAAAACCGGAAGGAUCACCAAUCAAGGGAUGAAGGAAACCAAUUACUGGAAACGAGCAGUGCACCUGACAGAAGCGAGGUUGAUCAUACUUCUACCGUGGAUGACCAUUCUCAAGGAAUCAGUAGCACACCUAAGAAGGCUAACAAGAAGAAGAGGAAGAAAGGGAACCAAAACUUGUCAGAAGAGGGCGAUCAGCAAUUGAGAAAGAAUGAUGAAACUGAUCAGGAGGCAAUGAAGACAGGUAAUGGUGAGACUGGUGAUGGGGUUGUGGAGGAUGAUUUGAACGAGCCAACCAUGGGGGAAAAGCUUGAAAAAUUAAAUUUGGUAGAUGGUGGAAUAAACAUGAGCCAUGAAAAGCAAGAGCCCUCCCCUCUUGCCCAGCCUCGCGCUGACUCUGUUAAUGUUUUGCUCAAGCAAGCAUUGCAUGCUGAUGAUCGUGCCCUCCUCUUAGAUUGCUUAUAUACACAAGACGAGAAGGUUAUAGCUAAUUCGAUGUCUCUUUUGAACCCUUCUGAUGUUCUUAAGCUUCUGCAAUUCCUCAUAUCCAUAGUUGAGUCCAGCAGGGGUGCUGUGCUUGCAUGUGCUCUUCCAUGGCUGAGAAGACUACUACUUCAGCACGCUAGUGGAAUAAUGUCACAGGAAGCUUCGCUGGUUGCCUUGAAUUCUCUGUAUCAGCUCAUUGAAUCAAGAGUGAUGACCUUCAGACCAGCUCUUCAACUAUCUGUCUCUCUGGAUGUCCUUUACGCAGGAGUAAUCGAUGAGAAAGAGGAGGAAGAUGCUCCAGUGAAGCCAGUGAUUUAUGAGGACCAUGACAGUGAAGAAGAGGAAUCAGAAGAUGCAAUAAUGGACAUCAACCAUGAUAGCCCUGAGGAGGAGACAUCUGACGUAGUAUUCGAAGAAGAUAGUGAUGCCGAUGAAAUGAGCGACUAAGUUGACUGACAAGCCCUAAGAAUGAGGUUCAUAGGGAUGUGGUAGAAGAAGUGUAUAUGUCAUCUAUGGAAUUUGAUACUGGUCAAGUCAGAGUGCAAUUGCCACAAGGAUGAAAUUCUUCUUCAGACGCAGGUGGUUAUGUCACAGGAGAUGUGCUACUAACAUGGAUCUAGACAUGGCAAAAAUGCUGGAGAACUCAGGCUAUGACGACUAGAAUACUGCAGAGAUUAGCGCAGCAUGUCAAGUGACUUAUUCCUUCAAGUUUUGAUCUGAUCAUUUUUGUUGUCUUUUUGCUAUGUGCACUCUAUACCAAGAAAUGCUCAGAGAUAGCUGUUUUUUCCUUCCUUUUCCAGUUGAUGUCUUCAUUUUCUCUUGACAGAGGCUUCGAGUGUUGUUCGAGAUGAA